UUUAACUAAGUACAUUUAACACGAUAUUAGACAUUAAAGGGACCGUUCUCAGUGUUAAAUAUGAAGAUGUUUUAUAAAAGUAUAAGUAUACGGUUGAUGGCAGUUUUGACACUGGUGGCGGCGGUGGGAGGUAUCCUGAACAUAGACUGUAUCAAGAAGACGGCAUGUAGUUGUGAAAUUAACGGUGAUAUUAUCGAUCUUACACCGCUGGCUAAUAAGAACAAUACACCUCGAUUCAAAGAUGUCCAAGGGACUGAACCCGAUUCUCAGUUCUCGUGGAACCCAUGUUAUCCAUUCAGCGAGGGCGUGGGCUGUACCAACGUCUCUGCGUGCCAAAAGCAGGAGUGGGCCACCUAUGCUAUCGGAAAACAGGAGAGUGCAGAGUUCAUCAACGAUCCCAUCAACGGGUUGACGAUCCAUUAUCAGGCUAUAGACACGGUUGGGGUUACAAGAGACUCGUACAUCAGCAUUGACUGCGGUCCAACUGUGGGAGAGCUGACGGUGCAGGGUGAAAAGACAGUGACAAAAUACUACAUGACUCUGAAAACGAAGUACGCAUGUAUCGCAGGAAGUGGGCCGAUGGGUGGGCCCAAAACAGGAAGUGGACCGAUAGACGAGCUUAAUGGAGAAAGUGGGCUGCUGGGCGGACUCAGAGCAGGAAGUGGGCCGAUCGGUGGGCUCAGUGCAGGAGGCAGUUUCAUAAUUAUUGGUGCAAAACCUCUGCCAGUUUUAAAAGGGCUACGUUCCCUAGUGGACCACCUCACCACACCUUACCCUCUGAAAUACGAGCAGCAGGUGACAUAG